AUGGGGAACUGCGCCAGCGCCAUGGAGGGCCUCAUCCCGUGGGGCUGGGGCGCCAAGCCCGCCGCCGCCGCCAAUCCCGCAGGGAUGUCUGCGUCGAAGAGGACCACGAGCUCCUCCACCACCGCCACAACGGGGAAGCUGUCGACGGUCAGCACCAGCACCUUCAUGGCGUCGACGGUCAGCGGGGGCAGCACCGACGACUGCUACGAGGAGGAGGGGGGCCACAUCCUCGAGUCCCCGAACCUCCGGAUCUUCACCUUCGCCGAGCUCAGGGGCGCCUGCAGGAACUUCAAGCCCGAGACGGUGCUCGGCGAGGGCGGCUUCGGGAAGGUCUACAAGGGGUGGAUCGACGUGAACCCCGCCAAGGGCAGCACCGCCAUGGUCGUCGCCGUCAAGAAGCUCAACCCCGAGAGCGUGCAGGGGAUGGAGCAAUGGCAGUCUGAAGUGAAUUUCCUCGGGAGGAUUUCGCACCCCAACCUCGUCAAACUGUUGGGCUACUGCAUGGAGGACAACGAGCUACUACUCGUGUACGAGUUCAUGGCCAAGGGGAGCUUGGAGAACCACCUCUUCAGAAGAGGGGCCAUCUAUGAGCCACUGCCUUGGAGCCUCAGGCUGAAGAUUCUCAUCGGUGCAGCCCGUGGCCUCGCCUUCCUUCAUUCGUCCGAAAGGCAGAUUAUCUACCGGGACUUCAAAGCUUCCAACAUCCUAUUAGAUUCACACUUCAACGCGAAGCUCUCAGAUUUUGGAUUGGCCAAGCAUGGCCCAGAUGAUGGGGAGUCUCAUGUGACAACACGAGUCAUGGGCACGUAUGGGUAUGCCGCUCCGGAGUAUGUUUCUACCGGCCACCUGUAUGUGAAGAGUGACGUGUACGGCUUCGGCGUCGUGCUGCUCGAGAUGCUCUGUGGCCUGAGGGCGCUGGACCCGAGCCGCCCCAGUGAGAAGCUCAACCUGGUGAACUGGGCGAAGCCGCUCCUGUCGGACCGGAGGAGGCUGACCCAGCUGAUGGACAGCCGGCUCGAGGGGCAGUACCAUGCCAGGGGAGCCUUCCGCGCCGCUCAGCUCACCCUCAAGUGCCUGGCCGGCGAGCCCAAGAGCCGGCCGUCCAUGAAGGAGGUCGUCGAGGCGCUCGAGCAGAUCGAGGCGAUGAAGAGCAAGUCCAAGUCGAGGGAGGCCAGGCGAGACAGCCCGUCGAUGCCGCGUGGCCGGGGGAACUCGCCGAGGAGCGACGGCGCUAGGACCAACUCUAGGGGCAGAUGA